AUGGCAAAACCCAGUGGUACCAAUAAAAAAACUGUGAUGGAAAUUGCAAAAGAUUUGCAACAAAAAGCUGAAACAGAUGCAGAAGGGCGUGGUUUUAAUGAAUUAAAAGGUAAUCCAGAGAAAGGGCAAUAUAAGCAUAACGGCGAUAAAAAUGACGAUGCGUUGAAGGACAUAUGUACAAUAGAUAAAAAACAUUCCAAUGAUAAACGUAACAUUAAUGGUAGUGGUACAGAUAAAUAUGAUGGUCCAUGUACAGGAAAAGGAGGACAACUAAAAGACAGAUUAAAUAUAGGAAAAGAAUGGGGAACAAAUAAAGAAGCAAAUCCACAGCAUAAAGAAGUAUACUUUCCUCCUAGAAGGUUAGAUAUGUGUACAUCUAACAUAGAAAAUCUAGAUGUGGAUAAAGCUCCCGGACUAAAAGAUAAUAAUGUGAACCACUCGUUCCUUGGUGACGUAUUAUUAUCAGCAAAAUUCGAAGGACAAGAUAUAGUAAAUAAAAUUGGUGGUAAGGGUGACGACCCACGUAUAUGUCGUGCAAUGAAAUCUAGUUUUGCAGAUAUAGGAGAUAUCAUACGGGGUAUAGACGUGUGGAGUAAAAACGGGGAUAUGGUGCAGUUGGAAAAUAAUUUACAAAAAAUAUUUGGGAAAAUCAAAGACAAAGUAGGUGGUAGUAGUUAUGCUAGUGGUGAAAAAGAAACCCCCAAGUAUAAAACCUUGAGGUCUGACUGGUGGGUUGCCAAUCGUGACCAGGUAUGGCAAGCGAUGGUUUGUGAUGCUAAGGAUGAUUCUACGUUAGUUAUUGGUAAUUCUGAUAAUACGACAACUUUUGAACUAUCGUGUGGUAAAUAUAAUCCCAAGUUUGUCCCAUAUGAUGAUUAUAUUCCUCAAAAAUUACGUUGGUUAAAUGAAUGGAAUGAAAGUUAUUGCAAACAGUUGCAAUCACAUAUAAAUUCGUUCAAGGAUAAGUGCUCGAAAUGUAAGAGUGGUGUUAAUCUUACAACUUGUAUAAGAACUGAACAAUCAUGUAAGGAAUGCAAAAGUACGUGCGAAAAGUAUAAAACAUUUGUAGAAAAAUGGAACGAAAAAUGGAAAGAUCAAAAAGAACAAUACAACACAUUAUACCAAAAUGCAACGUCUACUACCACUGGUAAUGACGAAAUUCAAAAUAAACUUAAUGAAUUUAUCGAAAAACUUAAAAGUGAAGGCAAAUCCGAUUAUAAAAAUAGUCCUGAAGAAUUUAUAAACUCUUUGCUAGGGUAUAGGUUUUGCACAGACGCAAACCAAAAAGAAAUCAAGGACGAUAAGGACGACGCCUACGUAUUUAGUGAAACCCCUAAAGAGUAUAAGAAAGCAUGUACAUGUGACGAGGUGCCGCCGCCUCCACCAUCUCCACCUCCAGAACCACCAAAACCUGGUGUUCCACCACCUGCUCCUCCAUGUACGAAUAACAAAAUAAUUGAUGCGGCAAAUACACUACAACACCAGGUACAAACGGAAUUGGUAAACAAUGGUGUAAAUUUGAAAGGAGAGGCACAUAAAGGAACAUAUAAAUAUACGACUGAUGCAAGUACAUUUAAUACUAACCUAUGUGGUAUAACUAUCCAACAUACGAAUGAUGUACGUCCAAAAAAUCAGAGAUCUGGAGGUCCUUGUACAGGAAAAGGUACAGGAACAGACAAAGACACACAUAACCAGAGAUUCAUUAUAGGACAAGCGUGGACACCGGAUAAUAAUCAAGUAAAAGAUGGUCAUAACGAUGUUUUGUUGCCCCCACGUCGUAAACAUAUGUGCACUUCAAACUUGGAGAAUCUAGGUUCACAAAGUAGUCCCGACCCACUUAAAAAUGUUACGGAUACCACCAAGUUUAACCACUCGUUUCUUGGCGAAGUUUUGGUGACUGCCAAAUAUGAAGGCCAAGAUAUCGUGCACAAACAUCUGAGCAAAGGCGAUACUCCAGGGAUAUGUAAUGCUAUGAAAUAUAGUUUUGCCGAUCUGGGGGACAUUAUACGUGGUACGGACAUAUGGGAGAAAAAUGACGAUAUGGUAAGAUUACAAGGGCAUUUAAAACACAUAUUUGGGAAGAUUAGGGACCAGAAUGGAGGGGGUAACAGCGGUAAAUAUAGUGGUACUGAUGGUAUUACCAAGUUACGUUCGCACUGGUGGGAAGCAAACAGAAAAGAAAUAUGGAAAGCGAUGACUUGUACUUCCCCGGACGAAGCAAAAUUAUUUACACAUAAUUUGAAGGGUGAAUAUAGUUUUUCUAGUCCCAAAUGUGGCCAUAAUGACCCACGUUUUAUCCCCUCUGAUGACUACAUUCCGCAAAAAUUACGGUGGCUAACAGAAUGGGUAGAAAGUUACUGUAAACAACUAAGAAGCAAUUAUUGGCCUGUGGUAGCCUUUUGCUGGAAUUGUAAAAAACAAUUAGAAAAAAAACCAAAUGGUAGUGAGAAGGAUAAAGAAAAAAAAUUAUGUGAACGUUGUACAAAAAUGUGCGAUGUAUACAAACAACACGUUACCGAUUGGCAAAAUCAAUGGAAAGAACAAAAAGAAAAAUACAAUCAAUUAUACCAAGCAAGUGGUGGUACUCUCGGUGGUAAGGACGAAAUUGAUAAUAAACAUAAUGAAUUCUUAAAAAAACUAAAGGACAACGGCAAAUGUAAUCCUAAGGAUAGUAACGAUUAUUCAAAACCUGAAGAGUUUGUUGAUUUGAUGGGAGGAUACAAAUACUGUAAAGAUACGUCCCAAAACGAAUACAAGGAGGAUAAAAGUAGUGACGAUUCUCACGCGUUCAAAGAAAAUCCAAAAGGUUAUAAAGAUGCAUGUGCGUGGAAAGAUGAUAAACCAGGUACUACCCCAACGCCACCCCAAUCACCGCCGACAAAUAACGAUGUCUGUAAAAUCGUGAAGGAAUGUAUUCAAGAAAAUGAACAACAAAUAAAAAAACCACCACAUUACAAAGGGGAUUGCAAUCCAAAAAUAACAAGUACAAACAAGCAAUAUCCUAAAUGGGAUUGCGAAAAAAAUAAAGGUCUAAUAGCGGAUAACGAUCAAGGAGCAUGUAUGCCCCCAAGAAGACAAAAACUAUGCAUACAUUAUUUAGAAAAUUUCAGUGGAACAACCUCAGAUGAUUUGAGACAAGCAUUUAUCAAAUGUGCAGCACUAGAAACCUAUUAUUCAUGGAUGUAUUAUAAAGAUCAAGGUGCUGGAAAAAAUACCGAGGCAGAAAAACUGUUGGAAAAAGGAGAAAUUCCUUACGAUUUCAUGCGAAACAUGUUAUUUACCUAUGGAGAUUUCAAAGAUUUAUGUUUAAAUAAAGAUAUAUCAAAAAAGGAUGGUAACAACAGUGAACUCCAAAAUAAAAUAGAUAAAGUUUUCCCAACGAAUGGAAAAUCUGAUGAUGGUCUAUCACGAGAACAAUGGUGGGAUAAAUAUGGCCCAUCUAUCUGGAAAGGGAUGCUCUGCGGUCUAUCCCAUCAUAUUCACAAAGACAAUGAGCAAAAACGUAAAACACUUACCGAAAAUGAUAAAUACAAGUACGAACGUGACGAUUUAACGUCCGAAAUGUCUAAAUAUAUCUUCAAUAUUGAGCAAACUCCUCAAUUUUUUCGUUGGUUCACCGAAUGGUCUGAUGAAUUUUGCACAAAACAAAAAGACAAAUUAGCCACAUUGCGCAACAAAUGUAAGACGUGUAUUGUUAAAACUAAUAAAGCAUGUAAGGAUAAGUCACAAUGUAACGACUGCCAAAAAGAAUGUGAAAAUUAUAAAAAAAAUUUUAUUGAAUUGUGGAAAAAAGACUAUACUAGUCAAAAAAACAAAUUUGACAAAGAUAAAAAAGACAAAUAUGAUACUGUUCCCCUCGUGGAAAAAACUAUCCCUGCAUAUACAUAUUUACAUAAAUCAUUGGUUUCCCUAGGACUUAAUGAUAAUUGUAUGGAAAAAAAAUCCACAACACAAAAAGGUGACAUACCACAAUCGAUGGACACUCCCCCUAAUGAAUUCAAAUAUCAAUGCGAGUGCGACGAUAAACCUCCCAAACCAGAAACAUGUGACCAAAUAAUGGAAAGUGGUACCAACCAGUGGGACUGUAGUGGUAACAUUGUAUCUGGUGGUAGUAACACUGACAAAAUGUGUGUGAAAAACGAAAAGGAAGAUGAUGAGGACGCAACAAGUGGUGGCGGUUCUGGUCGUGGCAAACAAGGUGGAAAAGCACGUCCCACUAGUGACGAUUUUUAUGAUUUAUUUAAUGAAUGGUUACAUGAUAUGGAACAUUCGUUAGAUAUAAUUACAAACUUAAUAGAAGAAUCGUGCAAAAAAAUAGAUAAGAAGAAGUCGGGCGACAAAGAGUGUACGAAAUGUAAAGAUUUAUGUGAUUGUUACGAUCAAUUAAAAUCGAAAAUUGAUGUACAGUGGAGUAAACAAAAAAACUACUUCGAACAAUAUAAAGUUGCAAAAAAAGCUGAAAUGGAAUUUGCUGAUCUUGAUAUGUUUUUGGAAGCACAAUGUGUUCUCAAUGAAAUUGGGAAAUCAAAAGAUAUAGCGAGUGCAAACAAUGUAGAAGAUAUCGUUAAUGAAAAAAAAUGUAAAAAAAAAGAUGGGAGUAAGAAUGAAACUAUAUUUGACGAAAAAUUAGAUAAUACUACCAAAAAAAAAGAAACGGAGUGUGAAGUGUGCCAGCACAAAGAUACUGUUAAAGAUAAUGAAUGUGCUAAGAUAGAAGAUGCCACUGGGUGUAACACUAAAGAUUAUGAUGAUCCAAAAGAUCCUCCUAAUACCAACGAGCCAAAAAAAAAUUGGAAAUGUAAUAAAGAGUCUAACGAAACCUUGGAUAAAGAUGCCUGUGUCCCUCCUAGAACACAACAAUUAUGUAUAGCCAACUUGCAUGAUGGUGACAACAAACCGAAUUUUAAUGACGAAAAUAAUAUGAAAUCUAAAUUAAAAGAAGCAAUUAAAAAAGAAACGAAAUUAUUAUGGACUAAAUAUAAAGAUGAUAAAGAUAAGGAGUGCAAAUCAGUAAAUAGAAGUAUAAAUGAUUUUAAAAAUCUUGUUCUAGGUACAAGUUUAUGGAAAAAUACUGCUAUAGAAAAUAUAGAAAAAAAAAUAGGUGAAAUUAUAGCACAAAAGAAUGGUCCCACUGGUGGCAAAAAAAUGACACAACAAGAAUGGUGGGAUGCCAACAAAUCGGAUUUCUGGAAAGCAGUUCAAUGUGGGAUCAGAGAGGGACAAACAGGUGUCACAGGUAAUGAAUGUCCCCCGAUACAAUACGACACCGAAUAUGACUCGCAAUUUUAUUGGUGGUUCAUGGAAUGGGGGGACGAUUUUUGCGCCAAAAAAAAAGAAAAGGCAAAAGCGGUGGCAGAGAAAUGUGGUAAAGUGGAAGAUAAAAAUAACGAUAAACGUAAUUGUGAUAGUGGUGGUCAAAAUAUAGCAGAUCAAGGGUGUAAAAGUGCGUGUGACGAUUAUAAAAAUUUGAUUGAUAAACAUAGAACUGUUUGGACUAAAUUUUCUGAAAAAUUUAAUGAAAAGGAGGAAUCAAAGAAAAAAAAGAACAAAUCAUCAUAUAAUAAUUAUACAGACUACUUAAUAACUAAUUGUACAGAUUGUAGUGGUACCGAUUUUGAAAAAGUGUUCAAAGAUAGUAAUGUUCAUGGGGAUUUCGAAACUACAUGUACAUGUGUAAAACCUAGUAGUGCUGGACGUACUGGUGGUGCUAGUACCCCUACUACCAAAGAUAUUGAACCAUGUGAUGCCACAAUUAUCGCCUCGAGUUGUAAAACGAAAGAUAUGAGUAACACUAAAUGGGACACAUCUAUUGUUUCCUCAGAAAAUAUAAAUAAAGUCUAUUCUCCUCCAAGACGUCAAAAAUUAUGUUUAGGUAAUUUAAUGUUAUUGACAGGUGGAGAAAAAUCUGAAUAUAUGAACAAUUUAGAAAAACAAUUGUAUGCCGCAGCAAAGAAAGAAGCAGAACUAUUAAGAGAUCUUCACAACAAAGAUAAUACAAAGAUAUGUCCUGCCAUCAAACGUAGUUUUUAUGAUUUUGGAGAUAUAAUUAAAGGCACAGAUCUAGAAAGAGGAGAUUAUGACAAAAAGGUCGAAGAACAAAUAUCGAAAAUAUUUGAAGAUAGUGGCAAAACAAGUGGUAAUCCACGUGAAGAGUGGUGGGAUACACAUAAAGAUAAAGUAUGGAAAGCAAUGACAAAUUGUGACACCACCAACAAUUGUGGUGCUACCACUCCAACCGAUUAUGAUAAACAUGAUCAAUUUUUAAGAUGGUUCAUCGAAUGGGGAGAAGAUUUCUGUACACAGAAACAACAAUAUAUGACGCAACUGCAAAGUAUAUGUCUGCAUCCAGAUUGUAAUACUGAAUGUGAAGGUACUACCUGUCCUGCAUGUCAAAAACUAUGUGCAAUAUAUCACAAUUGGUUAUUAACUAAAAAGAAUGAAUGGAAUGGCCAGAAAGAUAAAUAUAGAGAUGAUUACAAAAAAAAUAAAAACACUCAUAAUAUAUAUGAUGGAACAAAAGAAGGUCCUCAUGAAUAUUUAAAAAAAAAAACAAAUGGAUGCGAUCAAGCUGAAUUUAAUAAAGUUUUCAAAAAAGGAGACAAUGAAUAUGGGAAAUAUAAAGCAAAAUGUAAAAAAUGUAUAGAGAAGUUAACGAAAGAAACAAUAAAAAAAAUUAAAGAAAGAAAUAAUCCUGGUAGUACAGCACAACCUGACGGUAAGGGUGUCAAACCUAUGCCGAACCCUAAUCCGAGCCAUCCUGGUAGUACUGCCACUAAGGGCGCGUGCGAGAUAGUGGAGACAACACUCAAGAAUAAAGAUGGAAGAGGUAGAAUAGCUGCGUGUGGAGAAAAAGAUUUUAACACGAAGAGUUGGGAUUGUAAAGAUAAGAUUGAUUCAAAAUAUCGUGAGGGACCCUGUAUGUCUCCUAGAAGACAAUCGUUAUGUAUAAAUAAUUUAAAAGCUUUGAAAGGUGAUAAAACUACAGAUGAUUUAAGAAAAGCAUUAAUUCAAUGUGCAUCAAUAGAAACAUAUUGGUUAUGGGAACAAUACAAAAAGGAUUACCCUAGUGAGGUUUCACAAUUAAAUAAUGGUACCAUACCUGAAGGAUUUAAAAGAAUAAUGUCCUAUACAUUAGGAGAUUUUAGGGAUUUGAUUUUGGAUACUGAUAUAUCUGCAAAAAAGGAUACAUCAAAUGAAGAAAAUGAUGUGGGUGCGGCAAGAAAAAGUAUAGAUAAUAUUCUUAAACCAAAUGGCAAAAAUGCUAAUGGCGAAACACCUGAAAGUUGGUGGAAAAAUAUUGAAGAACAAGUAUGGGAAGCUAUGGUUUGUUCCUUAAGUUAUAAUACAAAAGACAAUAAAAUAGAUGAUACUACGCGACAAAAACUCACCGACAAGGCCGAAAACAAAUACUCCAACGUCAAAUUUAGUGACAACACCACCACGUUGUCCUCGUUUGUGGCUCGGCCACAAUUCCUGCGCUGGAUGACCGAAUGGGGGGAACACUAUUGUGUCACACAGAAAAAACACUACGACGAGGUGGCUAGUGAGUGUGUGAAAUGUGAUGCCACUCCUGCUAGUACUAGUGGUCGUAAAGCAACAUGUAAUGAUGAGAAGAAAUGUGAAGAAUGUAAAAAUAAAUGCAAUGCAUAUAAAAACCUUGUUAAUACAUGGGAAAAACAGUGGAAACUACAAGAGAAAAAAUACUUAGAAUUAUACAAUAAAGCAACAAAACCUGGUGCAACUGCUAGUCCUGCACAAGAAGAUCCCGUGGUCACAUACCUAAAACCACAUACUGGUGACACCACGUACUCUAGCGCUGGUGGGUAUUUGACAAAAGAAGGAUUCAUAAGUGGGUGCGAAAAUACACAAAAUGAUUUUGCGAAUAGUGGUGGUAGUAACAAUUAUGCGUUUAAGGAAUAUCCAAAUACAUAUGAUAAGCAGUGUACGUGUGUGGACAAGCCGGCACCGGUCAAACCAGUGGUGAAUCCAACACAGGAUACGGCGUCACAAAACCCGGGCAAAAAAGGCAAGGACAAAGGAUCACAAAAACCAUCACCAUCAUCUCCUGGUAGUAAUUGUACGGGACCUGAUAAAGGUGAUGGAGGAACGUGUCAAGGAGGUCCAGUUAUAAAUACAGGAGAAAAGGGACAAGGUGGCAUCACAGUUAUUACUAACCAGUCUAGUGGAAAAUCUAGUGACCCAAAAGGUGCAACCACUGAUCCCAAAAGUGCUAAUGACCCACCUGGUAACCCCGCCUCGCCUAAUGGUGGCUCGGCUAGUGGCCCUGGCUCGCCACUCGAUCCUGGUGGUACAGCGGCGAGUGGUAACCAAGGUAGUGGUGGUAGUACUGGUCAAGCUAGUGGUGAACCUGAUACCCCUAGUAGUUCUAGUUCUAGUUCUAGUAGUGCUGCUAGUGGUACAUCACAAAGUGGUAGUGAUCCAAAUAAAGUACCUAGUGUUCCAGGUGCGGUGGUGCCACAACCGGGUGCAGGUGUGAAACCUGGUGCUAGUGUUGAUAAUGGUUCCCCUUCUCCUGGUACUAGUGGUCCUGCAGAUCCAUUUGAUCAAUUGGAGACAUGUCCAUUAAAUAACACUGAUGCAUGUAACAAAAUUGGUAAUGCUGGGUGUCCACCAAAAAAACUAAAUUAUGAUCUUGAUAAAUGGGAAACGCAAUAUUUGACUCAUUCAAAUUUUAAAAAUAAAACAGUACUAGUUCCUCCUAGAAGAGCAAAAAUAUGUUUUAACUAUAUUAUUAAACGAUGGCAUACGUUAAGAAAAGAAGAACUUUUCACAAAACGUCUACUGGACACUGCUGCAACCGAAGCACAAUUGUUGAGUAUGAAAUAUAAAGAACCUAAGGAACGUGAAAUAUUGUUUGAUUCAAUGAAAUAUAGUUUUGCUGAUAUUGGCAAUAUUAUUAAAGGUGAUGAUAUUCUAGAAGAUCUUCGUACAAGAUAUGUUAAACAAAUAUUCGAGAAGAUAUGCAAAAAGGAAGGUCAGUGUAAUAACGGCAAUACAAAUGAUCAAGAAAUAAAAAAAAAACGUGAAAGUUGGUGGAAGAAUAACAAAACUAAACUAUGGCAUGCUAUGUUAUGUGGAUACAAAAGAAUUGCUACAAAUGGAACAUUGGAUAACAAAUGGUGUACUGUACCUACUGAAGAUAAAACUCCUCAAUUUCUUCGUUGGUUUCAAGAAUGGACUGAAAUUUUCUGUACAAGGAAAAAAGAAUUAGAGAAUGAGGUAACGAGUAAGUGUGAUAACUUCAAUUGUGAUAGUGGUACUGGAAAUGUUGACGAUACCUGUAGAACUGUAUGCGAAAGAUAUAAAAAUUUCAUUUUAUCAAAACAAAUCAUGUAUAAGUUACUAGAGAAGCAAUAUAAUGAUAAUUAUAUAAAAAUCAAUGCAGGUGGUAGAGAAGCCCCAGAUUAUUUGAAAAUUAAAUGUAAAGACGGUAAAUGCGAUUGUAUCACUAAAAAUUUUAACAAUGAUACCAAAUGGGAAACACCCUAUGAUACAUUUUAUGAUACCAAAUUUAAAAGUAUAUGUGAAUGCCCAAAACCUCAAUCGAAAAAUCCUUCAUCAAAUUCUCCUGGUAAAAGUGGUGGCAGUGUUUUUAGUGAUUUUUGGAAAGAUAUAGCAGGGGCUUUAGGUUCUUUAUCCGGUAAAGCUGUUGGUUUGGGAGUUACUGCAACAGGAAAAGCUAUUGAACAUGCUGCAAAUAUAAUUCCUGAUGCUGCAGACCUUGGAUUAAAAGCUGGAAUAGGUGCUUUAGAUAAAAUAAAAACCAUGCUUGAUGCUACUAAUCCAAAAUCAACCAAUCCAGGACCUGAUGCACCAGAACCCAAAGCACCUGGUGGUGGAACCCCUCCAUCUAGUGGAAUAAAACCCGAAAUUGUGACAUCUACUGUUCCUGUUGGAAUAGGAUUUGCAUUAGGAUCGAUUGCUUUAUUGUUUUACUAUAUGAAGAAAAAAACCACGACCACACCUCCCGAGAUAUUUCGUGUGCUUAAUAUACCCCAAAAUGAUGAUGCGAUGCCGACAAAAACCUCCACCAAUAGGUAUAUACCUUAUAGGAGUCAAUAUAAAGGAAAAACGUACAUAUAUGUCGAAGGAGACGAACCAGAUGAUUAUGUACGUGAUAUAUCUUCUUCUGAUGUCACGACCUCGUCGUCCGAAAGCGAAUAUGAAGAGAUGGAUAUUAAUGAUAUAUAUAAAUCACGUAGUCCUAAAUAUAAAACUUUGAUCGAAGUAGUACUAAAACCUAGUAAAUCAACACAGGAUGAUACACCUAUGUAUCAUGAAAAUGACAACAAUAAACUUACGGAUAAUGAAUGGAAUGAACUAAAAGAGGAUUUUAUAUCUAACAUGUUACAAAAUCAUUUACCUAAUGAAAAUAUCAUUGAUGAUAAUAUAUAUAAAAAUAUCCAACCUGAUACUUUACACAAUAAUAUGGAAGAAAAACCUUUUAUCACUCAAAUCCAAGAUAGAUUUUUACAUGGUGAUAACGAGGUUACUUAUAAUAUAAAUUGGAAUAUUCCCGAAAAUAUUAAUAGGACUACCAAUAUCGUGAAUGAUCCAAAAUAUGUGUCACAAAAUCUAUAUAGUGGUAUUGAUUUAAUAAAUGAUUCGUUAAAUCGUGAUAACGAUAUUGAUAUAUAUGAUGAAUUAUUGAAAAGGAAAGAAAAUGAAUUAUAUGGAACAAAACAUCCAAAAAAUACAACUUUUAACCGUGUCGCUACACAAACAUAUACUGAUCCGAUAAUGAACCAAAUAGAUUUGUUUCAUAAAUGGUUAGAGAGACAUAGAUAUAUGUGCGAAAAAUGGAAUAAUAAAGAGGAAAUGUUAAGUAAAUUGUAUGAUGAAUGGAAUAAAUCAAAUAACGAACAUGUAUUAUAUAUACCCUCGAAUGGUAAUGCUGAUGAUAUUAAUACAAUUAAUGAUGAAAAUUAUAAUAUGAUUAAUGCAAACAAACAUGAACCUAAUCACAAAACAUCUCUUGAACAUCUUGGAUCUACAAAUAUUCCUCCUAAUGAUCUUACAGGAAACAAUAAUGAUUCUCAAACAAAGAAUUUUCGCACAAAUGUAUCUAUAAAUAUACAUUUUGAUGAAAAAAAUAAUAUACCACGUGAAAACGACGAUUUGGAAAAUUUUUAUAAUUCUUUUGAUGACGAUGAAAACAAUUAUAUGAAUUUAAAAAGGAUUGUUUCUAGAUAA